AUGAGUGUAAUCGAAUCGUCGCGUAACAUUUCCUGUACUACUGGAACGUUGUUACAUCUCAUCAAAGCAUCUCUCGGUACGGGAAUUUUGGCUAUGCCACUGGCUUUCAAAAAUGGCGGACUAGUGUUUGGGUUGAUUGGAACAGCUCUCGUUGCAGUCAUUUAUACACACUGUAUUCACUUGCUGGUUGGGACAUCUCAGAAAAUCUGUCUUCGUCAAAAGUUUCCUUCACUUGAAUAUGCUCAAACAGUAGAACAAGUUUUUUUAAAUGGCCCUCGAAGACUUCGCCGUUUGGCUGGUACUGCCAAAGCCUUCAUCGACUACAUGCUAUUGGUACUCUGUUUUUUCUCCGUAUCCGUUUAUUUAGUGUUUAUUUCCACCAACUUCAGAAAUGUCAUAAAUCAUGAAACCGACCUGGAUUGGGACAUUCGGGUCUACAUCCUGCUGACAGCGGUAGUAAUUGCGGUGAUCACCCAAAUACGAGAGCUUAAAUAUCUGGUUCCGUUUUCCCUACUCGCCAUUACCUCGAUACUGGUAGUGUUUCUCAUAUGUUUGUUCUACAUUUUCAAACUACCACUCAAAUUCGGAGAGCAAAGCCUUUGGCCGGAUGUCACAAAACUUCCAUCUUUCUUUGGAACUGUCGUCUAUGCCAUGGAUGGGAUUGCCACGAUGUUACCGAUUGAAAACAACAUGAAACGACCCCAACAUUUUCUCAAAACUUUCGGUGUGGUCAACGGAGGACUUUUUUUCAUAACAGUGCUAUACAGUAUCACUGGAUUUUUCGGAUAUGGCGUUUUCGGUGCAGCUGUUCAAGGUUCGGUAACAUUGAACCUUCCUGAAAAUGAUCUUUUAGCUAAAUCAACGCAAAUACUGGCAGCCGUAGCCAUCCUCUUGACAACGGGUUUGUAUUACUACGUUCCGAUGGAGAUUUUGUGGCGAAAGAUCGCUCAUCGGAUACCGAAUAGGUGGCACAACUGGACUCAAAUCGGUUGUCGUUUCGGGAUUGUCCUGAUCAUGACGAUCCUUGCGUUGACGGUUCCGAAGUUGGAACCUUUCAUAGGUUUCGUGGGGUCGAUUGGGUCCGCAACGUUGGCUUUGGUAACUCCGAUACUUUUGGAUACCAUCUAUCGGUGGCCCAACAAUUUCGGAUGGAUGUAUUGGCAUUUGGUCAAGAAUUUGAUUCUCGGAGUCUUUUCUCUGAUGAUCUUGAUCUCCGGGACGUACUUCAGUUUGUUGGAUAUUAUAGACAUUUACAAAUAA